UUCUACCUUUGACCUCGGACAGCAUGAAAUUCGUUAUCUUCGGUGGUGGGGGCAAAGUAGCCCGUCACUUUACUCGUAUCGCAUCAGGACAAGGUCACAAGGUCGUCUGUGUGGUCAGGAAUGACUCCCACCAUUCUGACCUCGAAUCGAUGGGUGGAAAGCCAAGCAUCCUCUCCAUCGAGGACGCAACCGUACCUCAGAUCACAGAUCUCUUGAGUGAUCACAAACCUGAUGCUGUGAUAUUCUCAGCUGGCGCGGGAGGCAAAGGCGAUCCUUCUAGGACGACGAAAGUAGAUUUUGAAGGUGCCGUCAAGGUCUUUGACGCGAUGGAAGCUGCGAAUGUCAGGCGGUUGCUCUACGUGGGCGCUAUCGACGUGAGAGACAGGGACAAGGGAUAUCCAAAGCACUACACGCAAGAGUCCAAGGACAGCAGUGACAAGACAUGGAAUGCAAUUGGUAGAUACAUGGAUGCGAAAUACAAGGCAGAGGUCGAAUUGCACUCAAGAAAGGCUCUACAAUACACUGUGCUACGCCCUGGCGGUCUGACCAUGGAACCCGCAGGUAAAUGCCAAAUGGGUCUAUGCCAAACGGGCAAGACCAGUCGCGAGCUUGUCGCGAAAGCAUUGCUUGCCUGUGCCAACGAGCCCAAGUCUGAAGGUCUGACCAUUGAUUUGAUGGAUGGGGAUGGCGAGCUAGAAGCAGAGCUCUCCAAAGUCGUGGAACAGCGCAUCGACGCCUGGGAAGAGUAGAUGCGGGAUUCCAACCGAUUAUUACAAAGUGUCCUUCUUUCUCUCUCUCAAGCGUUUGCAGCCGCUAUCAACGUCUGUAAUCGAGUGUCGAACAAGGUGGAAUUGAUAGGCAUCUCGAGCGUAUGGAAGGGAUUCUUCAUGACUGCGUCAGAGU